AUGCUGCGUGGCAAACACCGGGUAUUGAACUGCUACAAAGAGGGUGAGUGGGACAAGGACCUGUGUCCGGACCCGGCUACUUGCUCAAGCAACUGUCACCUCGAGGGCAUCUCGCAGGACCAAUAUCGAAGUACCUAUGGCAUCACGACGAUUGGCGAUGGAAUGACAUUGAACUUCGUGACCAAGACUCAGUAUGGCUCAAACUUUGGGAGCCGCGUCUACAUGCUCGACGAUUCAAGCCAUUACAAGCUCUUCAAGUUGAAAAACAGAGAGUUCUCGUUCUCUGUGGACAUGUUCUUCAUGCCCUGCGGGCUCAAUGGGGCGGUCUACUUCGUGGAAAUGGACCGCGAUGGUGGCCUCGCAAGAGGGAACGAGGCAGGAGCCAAAUAUGGAACCGGCUACUGUGACGCGCAGUGUCCACACGACAUCAAGUUCAUGGAUGGCAAAGCCAACAUUGUCGACUGGAAUGCCAGCCACGACCCGCCCAUUGGGCGAUGGGGCAGUUGCUGUUCUGAGAUGGACAUCUGGGAGGCGAAUAGCCGGGCUACCGCGUAUACUCCGCACCCAUGUUCCAUCACCGGCCAGUAUGUCUGCGACGGUGUUGAAUGCGGUGACACCAGCAAAAACCAGAGAUACGAUGGCGUCUGCGACAAGGAUGGCUGUGACUUCAACAGUUGGCGUCUCGGGGCACGCAGCUUCUAUGGUCGCGGUCACAUGUUCGACAUCAAUUCGCGGAAGCCUGUGACAGUGGUGACGCAGUUCAUCACUGAAGGAAACACAGACGAUGGAGCCCUGGUUGACAUUCGAAGGUUCUACGUGCAAGAUGGGAAGGUCAUCCCGAACUCGAAUGUGUCUCUUGCUGGCCUUGCUCCUGAAAACUCCAUUACAGAUGAGCUCUGCGCGAGCAUGAAAGCAGCAUUUGGUGACGUUGAUGACUUCAGUCGCAAGGGGGGUCUCAAGGCCAUGGGAGAGGCUCUGGAUCGUGGUAUGGUGCUGGUCCUGUCCCUGUGGGAUGAUGCUGAGGCACACAUGCUGUGGCUGGACUCGAACUACCCCGCAGACAGAGACGUGUUGGCACCAGGAGUUAGCCGCGGCCCCUGUCGAUCAGACACGGGAAGUCCUGCAUUUGUGCGAGAGAAAUACCCGACUGCCCACGUUUCAUUUACAAAGAUCAAGUACGGUGCCAUCGGCUCAACCUUCGGUAGUGAAGAAGAUGAUGAUGGGCUCUGGGGCGACGACAGGAGACUGCUCGAACGACUUCAUGGGACUGGCCACGUGCACGUUUGA